AUGGAAAAUAUCAGUAUACUUGGUAGUCAACCUCCCAACUCUUCAAUUGAUGGACCUUCUGGGGUGGAAGCCCAAACUGUUGAGAAUCAUCAACAGAAUGAGCAACCUCUUGCUACUGUUUCUAACAAGAAAAGGAAACAGGUUGAUUCCAGAUCACCAAUGUGGGAUUAUUUUGAGAAGAUAAAGGAAAGUAAUGAUGUUAUUGUAAAAGGCAAAUGCAUUUAUUGUGCAAAAAUUUAUCAGUGUGAGUCCAAAAAACAUGGUACUUCUUCCUUAAGAAAUCACAUGGUGAGCUGUUUGAAAAAUCCUCACUCCAAGGACACUAGACAGUCCCUGUUAACAUUUCAAGCUGUUACAUCACUUACAUCUGGUCAACCUACUGUGGGAGAAAUAGGGACCUGGGUAUUUAAUCAAGAGUCAAUUAGGAGGGCCUUGGUUGAAAUGAUAAUCAUAAAUGAAUUUCCCUUUAGAUUUGUGGAAGGAAUAUGUUUCAGGAGGUUCAUAGCUAUUGCUUGCCCUAGGUUUAUAGUUCCAUCCAAGUGGACUAUAAGUAGGGACAUCCUAGUUGUCUAUGAAGAGGAGAGACUAAAAUUGAAGUCAUUUUUAAGGGGAAGCAGUCAUAGGGUUAGUAUCACUACAGACUCUUGGACAUCCAUCCGAAGAAUUAACUACAUGGUAGUAAUUGCCCAUUUUAUUGAUUCUGAGUGGAAGCUUCAUAAGAAAAUUCUUGCAUUUUUCCCUGUUACCUCUCACAAAGGUGAAUAUCUAGCCAAAGCCCUAGAAAAUUGUUUGCUAGAGUGGGGGCUUAGAGAUGUGUUUUCUGUGACUGUUGAUAAUGCUUCAUCAAAUGACACUGCUAUGGGGUUUCUGAAGAAAAAAUUGGUGUCUUGGGGAUCAUCUAUUGUGAGGGCAAAUUCAAGAUGGUCUGAAAGACUGAUAGUUCUGUUAAGAAGGUUAGGGAGGUGGUUAGAUAAUGUUAGAAACUCUCCUGCUAGACUUAAGAAGUUCAGGGAUUUGGCUGAUUGGUUGAGUAUUGAACAAAGGUCUUCAUUGUGUUUAGAUGUUCCAAUCAGAUGGAACUCUACCUAUUUUAUGUUGCAGUCUGCAUUAACUUACCAGAAAGUGUUUGAAUCUUUGGAGUCUGAUUGUUCUUUCAAGUCUGAUUUGGGUAAUUCAAUUCCUGAUUUUAUGGACUGGGAAUCUGUUGGCAGUUUGGUUCAGUUACUGAAGUGUUUUUAUGACAUGACCAUUAGAAUUUCUGGUUCUUUAUAUGUCACCUCAAACACAUUCUUUACUGAGAUUUCUGAUAUGUACUGCCUAUUGAAAAGCAUGGUGGAAGCUGGUGGGGCAGUUGGUGAUAUGGGGAAAAAUAUGAAGGCAAAAUUUGAGAAGUAUUGGGAUGAUGUUGAAAAAAUGAAUGGUAAACCAUUCUAUGAAAAAGUAGUUGAUGCUCUUGCUGAAUUAUUUGAUGAUUAUUCUACAUCUGCCUCUUCUACUGUGAGUUCUGUCCCUUCUAUGCCUGUUUCUGUUCAGGCUACAUCUGCCUCUUCUGUUUCUGUUGGGAAGCCACAACAUUUUCUGAAGUCCGAAAUUAAAAAAAACAAAGAUUGGAGUCUGGGGGAAGCUGAUUCCUUAAAAGCUGUACGCAGUUUAAAGAAGACAGAAUAG